CUUUACUUUUGUGAUCGCGUCGAUCACCAAUCAGUAUCAAUCGCAUCAUUCGCAUCAUUAUCCGAUAGAAAGAAGAAAGAAUAAUACGUCAUGGGUACCGCAACUCUAACUAGUGUCUUUAUCUUAACUCUGGCUUUGACCAAUUUUCCGGGCUCUGUUGCUCUGGACAAAGUCCCAGCCCGCCACUUUAAACAAGCUGAAUUGGUGGAAUAUCUCAACAAUUCAACCUUCGACUUCAUCAAAGACGACCUGGCUAUGUGGAUGUGCAUGUUUUGCCGUGAAGCCAAUUAUUACACUGGUGCCCACCAAGAAGAAUACGGCAAUUAUGGCUUCUUCCAAAUUCAAUCCGAAAACUGGUGCGAAAACGGUUGGAAGGGUGGCCGAUGUAACGCCGAUUGUAACGAUUUCUUGGAUGGUGAUUUAACCGACGACAUGGAAUGCGCUCAAUACAUCAUUCAAGAGCAGGGUUUGAGUGCUUGGGGCAGCUACAAAUGGCAUUGCCACCAGUUUGAGGGCAAAGGCGCCGAUUCUGACGAGGGGAGGACCUUUGUGGAACCCUGUAGCCCCUCUGAAGACGUCCAAUACAACGAGGGAAGCUUUGCUUGUCCCGGAUGUUCGAAUUCUCAUUGCUACGGUUCCAAGACUUCAAAGGUCCCGUACUUUGACAAGAUCUGUCCCUACACGAAAUCGGAGCUGUCCAAAGCUUAAUUUGCUCGAGAUUUAUUGUAUACAUUGUGAAAUGUAGCCAAGGAAUUAAAGUACUUGAGAUCUCUCGUA